ACAUUUGUAUAAGCACCAGCUAUAGCCGUAGAUUGCAAGUGGAUACUAAAGAUUUUACUGCGUACAGAAGUGAACCAGCAAUAGUUUAUAGAGUUAUCAGAUAACUUGAACCAGGAAAUUGGUUUGAACAAAAACCAGCAUGCAGAAUGGCCCACCAGGACCACAGCACCAGAGCUGUGUACCCCUGCACGAGCAUGCUUUUAGUUCAUCUGCUGGAGCUUGCUGUGGAAUGGGAAGGACUUAAAUAUCGACCGUCCCACAGGCUGUACGCGUUCACACCAGCUGAACAUUUGCCUGUUGCUCAAAAAAAUAAUAAUAUUUUGCUUGAGAAUACUCCUUACAUAAGCCGUUUGCUUGUGGUGUGGCAGAGAAUAACAUUGACAUUACCCUGCAGUCUGACCUGGCCAGUUUCAAAUCGCAGCUGAAGGCUUAAUUGCCCUGAAAGUGCUCUCUAAGUUGAAAGUUUGAUGCUGGUUUCCAAAUUCUCUGCUAGGGACAACAUGAAAUGAGGGGGAAUGUGAGGUACGCUUGAAUUCAUUCGGGAAUGAGGAGAGGAAACAAAUUAAGGAACCUCUACUCAGCCCUUUCAUAAUUUUAAUAAAACACUGUUGCUGCACCGUCAACUGGACUGGCUCCGUUCAAAAUGGUGCAGCAUAACCAUCAGCAAAUGCACCCCCCAACCCCCCCCCCCUUCGGAUGGAGGUGGAGCGCUGGGAACAGACAGGACUGGGAACAGACAGCACGGACACAGGUGUCUCAGUCCGGUCGUGCAAUGAUUGUUCUCCACAGCUGACAUUCAUUCUGCCCUGGAGAGCCCAGAACAGGGAGCAGAGUAUGUGCAUUGGCUCUGCAGCUGAAGGUGCAUGUGAGAGUGCUUGUUUUACAAUGUAAGUGCUGAAAAAAGAGGUGAGCGAACCUGUCUGUCAAAUGCUUCCAAGUAAAGGACCUUGGGAUUGCGUCAGUGAUCAAGCAUGGGGACCGUCACAGUCGUCUGUUUGGUUCCCAAACCGUCUGUUGCUCCUUUCCAUCCCUCCUCAGACCACAGGAAAGAAUAAGGACGAUGCCAGCACAGAUGUUCGGGCUACAUGCUCAUUUUGAGUCCAGCUGAAGACGUCGGCAUUUCAGAGGCCCAGGGGAACUUAAACAAAAUAACUAAAGAAAAUCAGAACUUUUCUCAACCGAAGGAAGGUUUUCGGGAGAUCUCAUUUUCACGUCCCUCCUUCAUCCUCCAGCUUGGUUUUGUUUUUUUGUUUUUUUUUUUGGGUGCUUUUUGAGUGGGAAGGCUGAAGAUGAAGUCAAUUCUCUCUAAGGUCACUCUUCAUCCUUUUCUCUUUGGAGUGUUCUUGUCUUUGGUGGAUGCCAAAGGGACCUACUAUGGCAAUCCCUACCGAUACAACCUCUACAAAUCUGGAGUCAAUCCCCAUUACUCACCUGGGAAACCCAUGGGCCGCCACAAAAACUAUUGCGCUUACGUUGUCCAGAAGAACAUCUCAUGCACGAUGCAGGACGGGGUGGCCACCUACGUCAAGGCAGAAUACAGCAAAUGCGCGUGGGGGCAGAAGUGUCCAGCUGUCAUGUACCGGACAUUCUACAAGCCCAAGUACAAAGUGGGGUACAAGACUGUGACUGAGCUGGAGUGGCGCUGCUGCCCAGGGUAUUCGGGUGAAGGCUGCUUCGAUGGACCCACUGCCCUCCCCGACAUGCCCCCGUUCAAAGGUGGCCUGCCCCAUCCCGGUUUUAAGGGAUACCCCCGCGGGCACCCCAGGGGCCCUGAGCAGAAGCCCAUCCCCGGUGGUCGCCUGGACCCCACAAAAUCCAACUAUGGCCAGAAGUUUGGUGGGGUGACAGGCGAGCGCCUGGACCGGAUCGAGGAGGACGUGCGGCGGCUGUCCAAGGGGCUGGACACACUGAACGGCGCGGUGACGGGCCUGGAGGAGCGCUUGCGGCAGGGCAUGCGCGAGGACACCAACAAAAUGCUCACCACCCUGCUGGGCACCGCGCCUCGCACCUCCGACUCCACGGUGGGCUUCGGCGUCAUCCCCGACGGGACCCCGGACGGCCUGGAGGGCGGCGAGGGCUUCCCCGGGUUCGGCGACCUGGCCGGCCGGGUGACGGAGGUCAAGGACGAGAUCCGGGCCAAGAGCGACAUGCUGGACGAGAUCCACGGCAUGGUGCUGGGCCACGACGGCCAGCUGAAGCAGCUGCUGGAGGCGGCCGCCGGCAGGCCCGUCUCCGGGGACACGCAGAAGCUCCUGGAGGAGCUGCUGGACGCCAAGCUGGCCGGAGUGCGGGCCGAGAUCCUGGACGGGUUCGAGAGGCGCCUGACGGGCAUGCAGAGCCACUGCGACGAGCGGAUCGGCCAGGUGCAGCAGCAGUGCCACCAGGACCAGCUGAACGGCCAGGAGCAGAUGGAGACCUCCCUGGACGGCCGGGAGACCGGCCUGAGGAAGGAGCUGGGGGACCUGCAGGCUCAGAUCCAGGGCCUGACCCUGACGGAGAGCUGCUGCACACAGGUGAGCAGCCUGGCCCAAAGGAUGCUGCUGCUGGAGGACUCGGUCAAAGGCCUGACAGAGUCCCAGAGGCAGCUCCAGCUCGCCCACAGCGACCAGACCAUCCACGUGGAGACCAUGAUCGAGGGCCGCCUGGAGUACAUUGAGGGCCGGAUCAACACCACGGAGAGGGUGCAUACCGAGGACGGGGGGCGGGGGCCAGCCGAUGGCCUGGACGGCUGGAAGACCUUGCUGGAUGACAAGCUCAAGACGCUGGAGGACCGUCUGUUCUUGGCGGUGGAGGAGCUGAGCAACGUGACAGCUCCCGCCCUGCUGGAGGGGCAGGCGGUGCCAGCGCUGGAGACGGAGAUCGAGGCGGUGCGGCAGCGGGUGGAGGAGGGCCUGGAUGGGGUUCAGAAGCAGCUGACCGACCUGGAGCUCCUCUGCACCUCCGCCUGCUCCCCGACCAUGGACGGGCAAGUGGACACGGGGGAGAAGAAGGAGGAGGAGGAGGACCAUUGCGGCACCAUGGAGGGGAAGCUCACCGGGCGCUUGGACGGCCACUCGGACCGGCUGGACAGGCUGAACGGCACGCUGGGCGAGGUGCUGGCCAGGCUGGCCCAGGAGGAAGAGGAGGGCUCCAUUCAGGGGGAGAUCACACUGCUCAAGGUCAACAUCAACUCCGUCAACCGCACGCUCAAGGGCCUCCGGGAGUCGGUGGGCACCUUCACCCGCGAGGUGGGGCACGUCAACGCCUCCUGGCAGCAGCGCGAGGACAGGCUGGCCAGCCAGGUGCAGGGCAUCACGCAGCUGGUGGGGCGGCAGGUGUCUCAGCUGGGCUCCAGCGAGCGCCGGCUCAUCCAGCUCAAGGGCGAGCUGCAGAGCCUGAGGCGCAGGCUGGCCGGCGAGCUCCAGGGCUGCCGCAGCACGGCGCUGGGCGUCCAGAGGGAGGUGAUGGCCGUGGACAGCCGGGUCAAGCAGGUGGAGGGCCGGUGCAGCAGCCUCGGCGACCUGGCCGAUCACCUGGAGAGGAUCCGGGGGGAGCUGGAGCAGCACUCCGACGGCUACCUCCUCCAGGUCAACAGCACACUGGCCAGCCACUCGCAGCAGCUGUCCGAGCUCAAAGACGGACUCAAAGACUGCGCCGCCAAAACGGGACAGGCGGGGCCGAAGGGCGCCCAGUAACACGCUUGCGCGCCUGUGGAGCCGUGGCUAGUGGAUAUAUGGAUCGGUGAGACAUCGAUCGUAUGUUACUCCAAUGGGGCAUUUCACUCUAUUCCUUCCAUUUUCGUUUUUCCUGUUUUGUAUUGAUUUUAACUGACAUUUUAACUUAUAUGAAGAAAAAGUGACUGCAUUGUUAUGUUACUAGAUGUAUUUUAUAAAGAUAACAAGGCAAACAACACUAAUAAGCUGCUACGGGUUUCUACUGGCAAGUCAAUUCUACUUUAUUCGUUAUGGUUUCUUGUCCUUACUUUUUUUUUUAAAUACUGUAUGUCAACAUCAAGGGUGCUAAACGUUUUGUACAUGUUUGAUUUGCCAUCAAAAUGUUUGUAAAAAAGAAAUGGGCUUGGUUUUUUGUAUUUCCUAUAGUGUGAGCUUUCCUCUAAGCUAAUAUUUUACAUGAAGGUGAAACUGUUUAAGAGAAUGAGAAAAUUAAAAAUAAUAUACUUCA